AUGGUAUUGAAUAUUACAGAACUACAAGUACACCAGACAGCCUCCACAGUCUACGAGACCGUUAGCGGAAAGAAGAACGACUACUCGAACAGUCAAUUUGCGCUGAUGAUGUCCUGCUUAUGUAUCCUCUCGUUAUUUGCUGUGUUCGGGAGUGUCCUACAAUUUCUGGCCGUUUAUCUGGACAGAUCCCUCCAAAACUCCAGUAACAUCUUCAUCCUCUCCCUCGGGUGUAGUGACUUCAUCGUGGGGAUCUGGACUUUACCCACCAUGGCUGUAUCUGUUUAUUUCAGGUCCUGGGUGUUAUCCGACUCUGUGUGCCAGUUCUCUGCUUUUGUUGACUCCCUUGCUAUAACCGCAUCAGUGUGGACCCUUGGAUUUACCGCUCUUGACAGGUGGAUGUUAGUGAAGUCUCCGAUAAGUUACAAAUCCCAGAUGAAGCAGAAGAAAGCAGUUAAAAUAGUGGGACUGAUCUGGUUUAUAUCAGCUCUGGCUGCUGCACCACCUCUUCUAGGCUGGAGUGGCUACGACUUCUCUUCAUACAGCCUCUCUUGUGCCAUGUCUUCAUCAGGCGGAUUUGACAGUGUUCACAGAUACUACUUCCUGUUUUAUGUCUUCCUGACCUUCCCAGCCCCUAUUAUUCUGAUCGUGAUAUCGUACAGCUACAUCGCGUGGUUCGUGCUGGGUGGAGGCAAUAGUGGCCGCCAAGUUUCUAUUUUCAACAUCAGAACUGCCAAGAUCACCGCUCUACUCACCGCCUUUGUGAUGGGAUGUAUUUUACCGACCUUCAUCAUAGGUCUUAUCUUCUGGUGCGGAUUCCAAAUACCCUUUUCAAAGGCAACCAGCAAGAUAGUGAUCUGGGGACUGUUAGCAAACAGUGGGGUCAACCCACUUUUAUACGGCUGGCUGAACUCUCAAUUCAGGACGGUUUACAAAAGAAUGUUCUGGUGCCUUAUUGUCUGUAAGAAGUACGCGACUCUCAAACGAUCUGCCUUCAGCACUCAAAUGAUGCUGACUCCAACUCUGAGGAGGUCUUCUGCCAUUAGACCUGUUGAGAACAAACAAGCUGCAUCUCUUUUCGGGUGGACUGAACAUUUCGAUAAGUCUCACUUGCAUCCGUGA